GAACAAAAGCUCGGGCUGAGUCUGGCGGAGGCACUGAGGGAGCACGGGGUGUUUUGAAUAAUUAUUAAAAUUAGCAUGUGUCUGCGCCAUCCUGUGGGUGUGGCGCAGAGCGGAGUGUAAACUCUAGCGGGGCUCGAGCAAACAUUGGAUUAGCGGUAGCAGCCUGCCAGCCUGCCCGAGGAGUGCGGGGACCAGCUCGCGGCACGUCGACCAGCACGAUGGCCUCGUCUCAGGGGAAAAACGAGCUGAAAUUCGCCGACUGGAUGGCAACUCUGCCGGAGAGCAUCCACAGCAUCCCCCUCACCAAUUUAGCCAUCCCAGGGUCCCAUGAUUCCUUCAGCUUCUACAUUGAUGAAGCCUCUCCAGUAGGCCCUGAACAGCCAGAAACUGUCCAGAAUUUUGUCUCUGUGUUUGGAACUGUAGCCAAGAAGCUGAUGCGGAAAUGGCUAGCCACUCAAACAAUGAAUUUCACUGGUCAGCUAGGAGCUGGAAUCCGUUAUUUUGAUCUUCGAAUUUCCACCAAGCCCAGAGACCCCGAUAACGAACUCUACUUCGCUCAUGGUUUGUUCAGUGCCAAAGUCAAUGAGGGCCUUGAAGAGAUCAAUGCAUUCCUCACGGAUCACCAUAAGGAGGUGGUAUUCUUGGACUUCAACCAUUUUUAUGGGAUGCAGAAAUAUCACCAUGAAAAACUGGUCCAAAUGCUGAAAGAUAUCUAUGGAAACAAAAUGUGCCCAGCAAUUUUUGCCCAGGAAGUUAGUUUAAAGUACCUGUGGGAGAAGGACUACCAAGUGCUGGUCUUCUACCACAGUCCAGUUGCUCUGGAAGUGCCCUUUCUCUGGCCUGGGCAGAUGAUGCCAGCACCCUGGGCCAACACCACAGACCCUGAAAAACUGAUCCAGUUUCUUCAGGCAUCUAUCACUGAGAGAAGAAAGAAGGGCUCGUUUUUUAUUUCUCAGGUGGUGCUAACCCCCAAAGCUAGCACUGUGGUCAAAGGUGUGGCAAGUGGCCUCAGAGAAACAAUCACAGAAAGAGCUCUUCCUGCCAUGAUGCAAUGGGUCCGCACGCAGAAGCCAGGAGAGAGUGGCAUCAAUAUUGUCACUGCCGAUUUUGUAGAACUUGGUGAUUUUAUCAGCACUGUCAUAAAGCUCAACUAUAUCUUUGAUGAAGGUGAAGCCAACACUUGAUAGUACUAUUUGGAGUGGCCAUGAAUAAGAUAGAGAAGACUCAUUGUAUUAGGUGUAUUAUCUGUAAACACUCUGAUUUUCCUUUUCCACUGAGUCUUGGAAAGGAUUAGGGCUUGUAGUGGGUGGGGAAAAGGGGAAAUCAUUUCUUCAGUGAUUAUGUCACAAUCUACUAUAAAUAUUUCAUUUCCUAUUUGAUGAGCAAAAUCUACUUCUAGUGUUAGGGAUAAAAAAGUAUAGUGAAUUUUGUUUUUUGAAAUUAGUCUUUUAACGUACAACUCAUGAGUGGUUACUUGAUUGCAUUUUAUAAUUUCAACUUAGGGCUCCUUUACUGUCUAAACUCUCUAACCUUUCCACUCCCUCUGUUGCUCGCUCUUUCUAAUCAGAUGCUGUAUGGUACUCAAAACAAUUGAAUGUCCAACAUAAUGUGUAUUACCUUGUUGUACUGAAAUUUAUUUGUUUUGUGGGACUUUAUAUAAUAUUCUGUAGUCGUCUGCAAUUGGGCAAUCAUAGCCAACUUUUGGUCAUAGAAAAUGUGCAUCCAAUCAGUUUCCCUGCAUCAGUGAUAUUGGAGGCCAUAAUCAGUGAUAUUUGUGUUAUAUAAAAACAAUAGUGUGUCACAGUGUUUCCAUUUAAGGCAGCUAUAACUAUAGUGUAAAUUUUUUUUUGAUAGGACUGAGUGCCAACUCCCUAGUAAAAAA